AUGGCUGAGCCAGAAGCCGCCCCACUCACUCUCAAGGAACGCAUUGCGGCGCUUCAACUCUCACAAGUUGGCAAAUCGCCUGGGCAGUCAGCAACAAGUCAUGAACGGUCUCCAUCUGGUGCGACUCCACAAAGACCCCGGCCUCCUCCACCUCCACCUCCACGGCCCAGUAUUCCUGCGAGACCUCAAAGCUCCAACAAUCCUCCCGUUCAUGACCAUGCUUCCAUAACGAAUCAGCGCAUUGGGAACCAGCCUGCAGAAGAACCCGCAAGGCCGCCAUUGCCUCCAAGGACUUCGACCCAGUCAUCUCAGCUAUCAGCUCAACCAUCACCUGCUCUGCCGCYGAGAAGGGUCUCAGAAGCACCUUCUCAGAAUUUCGAUCGCAGCAGGAGAGGAUCGAACGAAUCUACCAGCUCGGCAGCGACAACGAGAUCAUCCAUCUCUGGUAUCUCAACGGCCCCUUCGUUUACUUCCCAAGGCGAAAGAUACAAGAUACGUGCUCCCGACUACGAUCCCUCUGCUCUACCGGCUCUGCCACCGAAAAGGACCAAGGAGGAACGCGAAGCUGCAGAUCGUCGUUAUGCAGGCGUACGACCUCUACGGCAGACGAAAUCUUCUCCCAAAGUUGCGCAACCCCAGCAGGGCACCACACCGCCUCCGUCCACUGUAAGACAAGUAUCGAGUUCUGUUGUUCCCCCACCACUCCCCCAAGCGCCGAGGCAAGCGCCCGCUGUUAUUCCUCCACCUCUUCCUGGCCGUGAUCAACGAACACAACUGGCCCUCGAACCGCCUCCUGUAAGUAACAACUGGGUGACUCCAACGAGACAACCCGUGGUGCCUCCUUUGCCUACGCGAAAAGAUCAGCAACAGGUUCUUGAUCAACCGCCGAGGCCUAUUAGAGCAGAUGUGCUACCACCACCGCGACCGAGACAAUCAGCCCUGGCACUUGGAAUGAACAAGUCGACCAACACACCACCACCACUGCCCGGAUCACGACCCGGUGCUGUACAAGAUCCCAAUGGUCCGCCGCCAAUUCCAUCYACAUCAAAGCCUGAUCUGGCAGUUCUCCAAGCCUCGAAACCCAAAUCAUCUGGAGCCGCCAGUACUUCUCACUUUCCAUCUCAAGGGGCCUGCCUGAUAUGCCGAGACUUCAGUGCGGUUGAUGCUCAUGCAGCACGUUUUCCGAGAGAAUCCAUCCCUUCCCACGAUCUCGGUUGGCUGGCUCAUCAAAUUACUUCACCAUUUCCUUCUGCGACUGACAAGGCGCGAGCGCUCUUUACUUGGGAGCACCACAAUAUCGCAUAUGACACCGUCGCUUUCUUUGGUCACAACGUCCAACCAUCCACUCCACAAUCGACAUUCGAGACCGGACUCGCAGUUUGCGAAGGAUAUGCGAGUCUCUUCAGCGCGUUGGCCCUAAAGGCUGGCCUAGAGUCCAUCGUGGUAGGCGGCCACGGAAAGGGGUUUGGCUACGCCCCGAUGGCGCCUGGGGCUCCUGUCCCGCCUUACGAAGCCGGACACGCCUGGAAUGCAGUCAAGAUCGAUAACGGCGAAUGGAAACUUAUCGAUUGUUGUUGGGGCGCUGGAAAUAUCUGCUCACAGCGAUCUCAGGCGUAUAACAAGGACUUCAGUCCUGAACGUUUCACGCAAUCCAACGAGGAUUUCGGCAUCGACCAUUUUCCUGGUGACAACGCUCACCAAUUCAGGAGAGAUGGGAGGACUGUCAGUUGGGAGGAAUACAUGCGUGGAGAUAAGGAUGCUUGCUCUGCGCUCAUCUACAACGACGCUAACUCGGAGGGCUUACUGAAGCGAUCUUUCAGACCUGCUGAAGGAAGCAUUGUCCUUGCACAGCAGGGACCUACGGUCCGAUUUUCCUUUCAAAAGGCGUGCCCUCAUUGGGACCCGGUCAAGAAUGGAAAAGGAGAUUGGUAUCUAUAUGUGCUGGCCAUCGAGGGACUGAAAGAUGAUCCGAAGCGGGGCAUGGUACCUUUUGAGACCAAUGGCGAGGUUUGGUGGUGCGAUGUGCAGACGAGAGAUCUGGGACGGCCUGGCAUGAAGGCGCACAUCUACGCCAUGACUCAAUUUGAUGGCAGAGAUGGCAGAGGGUUGACUUCGAGGACGUUUAGGGAGAAGAUCGGGCGAUGUGGGUGGGCAAGCGCUGCGGUGGGCAUGUGGGAACUCGCUUGA